AUGGCCUACCUCCCGCCCCACAAGCGCCGCUCCGGCGGCUCCGACCCCGCCCCGCCCACCUCCUCCCUUGCCUCCCUCUCCAUCUCCUCUUCCCCCCGUGGCCGACACCAGCUCCGCCCGUCCAACUACAAGAUCAUCCACGCCGCCGGCUGCGUCUCCCGCUGGUCCCCGCUCCCGCCCUUCUCCCCCGACUCUGACGACGCGGACUCUUUCCGUCUCGAGCCCUUCGCGUGCGAGACCUUCGAGCGCAAGACCGGCGCCAAGCCCCUCGUCCUUUCCCUCUCCUCCCCGAAAGGCUCCCCCGCCUCCUCACCGGAGGCCGCGGCCGCCGCCAUCGCCGAGAGGUUCCUGCCAGAACUCCUCGCUGCGGCGGAGAGGGCGAAGCACGAUGUUCCAAGCAAGGAGGAGGCCGUCGUGAAGCUGAGCCUCGUUGCCAGGGCGGGGAAGGUCCUGUUCCAAGUCCAACCUGGUGGAUCACAUGUCUCAUUGGACUCGCUCCGUGAUGCCGCAAAAGCUGGGAACGAAGGAUCCAAGAGCCAGGUCCGUAAAUCCUUCUACACUAAUGUGCCCAGGGAGUGUUUUCAAGACAUGGAGCUAUCCCUUGUCAAGCUGAUGGGUCCGGGGUUCGACUCAACAAAAGAACACUACCAUGUCAAGAUACUUGACAAGAACCAAAGUGAUUCUACCUUGUCUUGCAAAUGCACUGUGCAAGAAGGUGGGAAGCUUGCAAUCCAUAAGGUUGAACUGAAUCAGAUACGACAGUUGGUGGAAGACAUAUCAUGUCUGUCCCAAGAUCUUGACUUGAGGCUGAUGUUGAGUACCAAAAAGAUCUUGAAAAACGUAAAUCCUGAAGUGAAAAAUGCCAUAGAUGGAUUAGUGUCUUCAGCUAUUCUUGAUCCUGAUGUAAAAGGGGGUCUCAGAUGGCCAUUUGGGAUGGAGUCGAUUGAUGGGAGGUUCAGCAUAGUUGGAGUGUGGCAUACAAACUACAAAGCUUUUGGAAAUAAAACAUUAAAGUUAUAUCUAAGGCAUGCUGACCGGUUUGACCACCAGAGCUCGACUGGAGAGGUUUCCAAUGAAGUUACCUUCAAACUAACUGGUAUAUCAAAGAGACUGCAGGAUGGCAGUAAAGAGGCGGACUCUGUGAAGGAGAUGCUAGAAUCUGCUGUGCGGAUGAUCUGGGACAGUGCUUUGUGUUACAAGAUGGCGCGCUGAGCUGGGUGGUCAGGUUUGCGGCAGGCCGACAAGUGCAUUGCAUCGUGUGGUUGCUUAACGAUGUUAAUGUUUGUUUGUAGCCCUGUUGUGUAAAUAAUUUUGCUUCACAAUGAAUUUACUGAAUAUGUGGUCCUCCUACCUUCGAGUUGCACCUUUCAGAUUGCGCUUCAACUUCCUUUUAUUUCUCAUUUUUUCCAGCAGCGCCAGCCUUCGUCCCUUAGGUUGUGGCUGCUUGCUUGCCAGUG